UCCUGGAAAACUAAGUAGUGCAGAUAGGAUGUUGAAGCUUCUUCUUCAAUCAUUUUCUGCAAAUGUUUUCCUUUUGGUUAUUAUCAUGAUUUCAUGCAGUUUGGAGAAGGGGAAUGCUUCUAGAGGAAGAGUUGGUGGCUUAGAAGCUUAUCAAUACCAAACUCUUCCACUCAGCUCCAUGCUUCCACCCUUUGUCUGCAACCAUACCACUUUCAAAGGUCCAAGUAGAAAGGCAUCCAUGAAGGUUGUUCACAGGUUUGGUCCUUGCUCAGCCCGGACCCAAGACCCGCCAACCAUGACUGAGCUUCUGCGGCAGGACGAGUCCCGAGUCAACUCAAUAAAAGCCCGGGUUAAAUCUCUCAACAUGGCCAAGAACAAAGGAGGGAUACUGAGCGAGUCAAAAAGUGCAAAUCUCCCGGCGGCGGGCGGCGGCGUGGGAAACUACAUCGUGACGGUGGGACUCGGGACUCCAAAAAAGGACCUGGAUCUGCUCUUCGACACCGGCAGCCACAUCACCUGGACUCAGUGCAAGCCGUGCGCCGGGAAAUGCUACAAGCAGCUCGCCCCGCUAUUCGACCCGGCAACCUCGACAACCUAUUCCAACGUAACAUGUACCUCGGAUUCAUGUUCCGCCCUCCUGUCCGCCACUUCCCUGCCCCCGGGCUGCCUGGACUCCACCACCUGCGUCUACACCACGAUCUACGGCGACGGAACAGCCUCCAUGGGCGAGUUCGGGAAGGACAAGCUAACCUUAACCUCCACGGAUGCCGUGGACGCCUUCUUGUUCGGGUGCGGCCAAGAAAACCUUCUCAUCGGCAGCGACAGUGCGGGAUUGAUGGGUUUAGGCAGACACCCACUCUCUAUUGUCUCCCAAACAUCUCAACAAUAUGGGAAAUAUUUCUCCUAUUGCCUCCCCACCCAAACAGGAUCCCACGGACAUUUAACGUUCGGGAAAACUACUAAUAAUAAUAAUGUCGUCAACUACACACCUCUAUUGAGUUCACAGGGCACAACUGAUUUUUACUUCAUUGAUGUCUUGGCCAUAAGUGUUAAUUCCCGCCGGUUGCCAAUCAGUGCAACGGUGUUCAAGACCUCCGGGACCAUCAUAGACUCCGGGACGUUCAUAACCCGCCUACCCACGCCGGCCUAUUCUGCUCUCCGGGAUGCCUUCAAGCAGGAGAUGACAAUGUACCGGCCGGCAGCGCCGAGCGGCGGCUUCGACGCUUGCUAUGACUUCAGCAAGGAUGCUAACCCGACCAUACCCAAGAUAAGCUUCACGUUUGGUGGUAAUGUGGUGGUUGAUUUGGAUCCUAGAGGGGUGAUGGUGUCGCUGGACAAAACCGGCUCACAAGUGUGUCUGGCUUUUUUUGGAGACGACGAUGGUAUGGGAAUUUUCGGGAACUUACAACAGCAGACAUUGGAGGUGGUGUACGAUGUUGCCGGAGGGAAACUGGGGUUUGCCUCCGGUGGUUGUUCUUGAACUUUUCUGCUACCUGGCCUGCAGAUUAUUAUUGGAACUGAUGAAAUUAAAGCUUCUUAAUUGGUUUGCAUGCAUUUCCAUUUACAGUAACAGUGUAUGUUGUCCUGACAAGGAAAUAUUAGAAUAAAAAGCACUUUUGAUAUUA